AUUACCAUCGAACAUUUUUUUCUGUAGUGAAUGGCGUCGGGUCGGUGAAAAGUGUAGGAGUCGAGAAACUUCACGAUAGUAAAUUACGACGUUACUGUAUUUCUGCCUUAGCUAAGAGAAACCCACACUACGACACUGUAAUUUUUCAUUCAAACAUGCCUCGGAAAAAGCCAUUCAGCACCAAACAGAAGAAGAAACAGAUGCAAGUGAAACGGGAAAGAAAGCGAGGUAACGUUCGCUGCAAUGACAGAAAGUGUGCGUGCCGAAAAUGCUAACGUUAGCUAGCUUUUCGUUUUACUAACUUGUACGUGGAGAGUUGAGUAAAUUGGCUAGUUAGCUGUCUGCUUUGAGGAACAAGAACACUAUGUCAUUUCCCCCGAUAUAUUUUUGACGAAUUAGCUACAAAUAAAGAAUAGGGCCGUAAUUAUUUUUGCCAUAACAUGCAUGUCAUGUGUGUAUUUGGGUCUUUCUAGCAAACGUUAGCUACCUUGCUUGCUAGCUAGCUAGUACCUUGCUUGCUAGCUAAACUGACGACGUUACAGAGCUAGCUAUGUGUGUGUGUGACCUUAUCGCUCAAUUGUAUUGCUGGCGUCAUUCAUUGUCAUUGAUGGGGCUGAAGUGGAAAAGUAUUGAUGCAGAGAAAUCAGCAUCACUGUACUACACUGGUAUUGUUUUCACUAUGUGUAAGCUCUACUGCGCAGACUCGGUAUAACAUUAUGUAAUAGGAAAGCUAGCUAUCUCAAGUUGAGGGGAUAACAAAAGCUGUUGGAGAUCACAUACCUACACUCUUCUACAGCUAGCUAGCAAUGAAAAGAGAUUCAUUGUGACAACGUCCACUGUCAAUUUAUUACAUAGGGUUAGUAUUGAGACAAUUACUAAAUGUAUAGAUAGCAUAUAUGUAAAUGUGUGUACAUUAGAUUCUAAAGUUGAACGUUGUAGAAUGUGGUCUUUGUUUGGUACCAAUUGCUGACAAAGAGGCAAGUUUUCAUUCUGUCCACUGUAUGUUCCUGUCCCAAAUGGCGCCCUAUCCCCUAUAUAUAGGGAAUAGGGUGCCAUUUGGGAAGGGUUCAAUAUAAGCCUCUGAUUAUGAUGACCUCGCCUCCUCAGGUGAGCCAGGCUCAGGGCCCAGCAGCCGUAAUAACAGUGUGGAGCGGGGGAUGGACAGGGAUAGGCAGUCGGACACGUCAGAUAGUGAAACCACAGAUGUCAGGAGGAUAAACCAGCAGCCUGGCAUCAGGGAGGGCAGAUACGACCCCAAUAGGUGAGUUACCAAUACAUUAGCAUAGGUAAUACUUAGCUCUGGUCCAGGGGAUUACAUGCUGCUUACUGAUGCAGAAGCUGAGCAAGCCACACAUAACACCCUGGACCAGAGCUAAGGUAAUACUGUACAUCACCUGCAAUGAAACCAAACACAAUGACGGGUGUGUUAUUGCUGGUCUUGAACAAAAGCCUGCACACUGUAUGGACCAGGAAUGGUGUCCACUGACAGCUAGGCUCAUAAGGCUGUCACCUGCUGAGUGGGUUUCUGUUUUGUCAGAUAUCAUCAAUGUUACCUUUUGGGAAAACAUGUCAUGAUUUCUGUAUGAACUGAUGCCUGGAACAGUGGGAAUUCCCUGGAACAAACUGAAGGGUUAAUGGAAAAAUAUUAAUUAGAGCAAUGUCUGGGUCUGUAGAUAUUAAAAGUAAGAGGCCAAAAGAGACUAAAUAAAAAAAUUAGAACAUGUUACUCCAGGAAUCCUGAAACAUGAGCAAACAACUUUCAGACAGAGGUCAAUGGUAGAUUACAGAAACUGCUGUUGUCAGAACAAACACCCACAUCCCACACACCUGAUGUUCAUGACUGCACACAGAUGCUUUUGUGUCCUUCACACUCACCCUACCCAAUUCCCCCCUCUACUUACACACAGCUAUACUCAUCUCUCUGUCCAUUCAGGUUCCGUCUGCACUUUGAGAAGGAGAGCAGAGAGGAGGUGGAGAGGAGGAAGAAGCUUGCCAGAGAGAAGGUUCUGGACCAGAUGUUAGACAAAGACCUGGAGGUUGACAUUAACGACAUAUACCCCACAGAGAAAGGUAGGUCAGAGCUCCUGGACCCUGAGCCUCACAACAGCCUCUUAAUGCUGUUAAAUAAAGGUUCAGUCUCAAAUGGCACCCUAUUCCUUAUUUAGUGCACUAAUUUUGACCAAAGCUAUAUGUGCUCUAGUCCAAGUAGGACACUAUAUGGUGUAAUUUGGUACGUAACCUGUACCCUGAGCCUCUCAAUGCUGUUAAAUAAAAACCCACUCUAGUGGGAGUUUUGACAUGGUCUUUUCACUUUGUGUCAUAGCUUGACGUGUCUGUGCCACUGACCACCUCCAAUCUCAGGUCUUGAGUUCCCACGUCGACCUCCGUGGAACUAUGGGAUGAAUCGUGAGGAGCUGCUGAAGAAAGAAGAGAAGUCAUACCGGGAAUAUCUGAACGACCUGCACUCCAGAAACCCACCUGGAUCCCUCAGCCACUUUGAGCACAACCUGGAGGUGAGGAAACUAUAUAUUCAGAACCCUUUAUACACCCUUUAUAAAUGCUUUUGAGGGCGGUGGUAGCCUUGAGGUUAGUGACCGGCUCGUUACAGGGGGGUGGGGGGUGUAUUGUGUCAGCAGAAAGAUCAAUUUUGAUGGAUAAAUAAAGAUCUAUUAAUUCUACAGUAUUCUAUCAACUUUAAUGAAUCUUUUAAAAACCACCUCUUUCUCUGACACUGAGCAAAAUGUAGGGUAGGUAAAACCUAUAUACUCUUCAUAUAACUUUAUACCCUCCCUUUCUUCCCCCUCUCUCUAUCUCUCCCCCUCUCUCUAUCUCUCCCCCCCUCUAUCUUUACCCCGCUCUUUCUUUUAGACGUGGAGACAGUUGUGGAGAGUGUUAGAGAUGUCCGAUGUGAUUCUGCUCAUCGUGGACAUCAGGCACCCGGUGGGUAAUCUAUUUUAAACUCCUUCAACAGUCAUUAUCUACUACUAGUCGCUAGCACACGCUAGCCGUGGCCUCUUGCUAGCUAGUGCUAUAGCUACCUCCGAACUAUCCUAUUGCUGUUCACCGGACCUUAUGAUAACUCAGCUAUACAGCUGAUGUCUGCUGGACUGUUCCUUUUUACGGUACCGCAUCCUGUUUAUGUUUAGCCUCAGCCCAAACUGUGUCGUCAUUACCAGCUGUUGUCUUAGCUCUCUCAAAUUACACCCGUGAUUGCUUUAUGCCUCUCUCCCAUUUCAAUAUGGUUAGCUUAUUGUUGUUUCGGUUAUUUCUAAUUGUACUAUUUCACUGUAGAUCCCCCAGCCCAGCUAAACCUGCCUUAGAUAGCUCCUUUGUCCCACCCCCCAUACACGCGGAGACCGACUCAAUUGGUGCCUCCAGUGAUGCUAUCUCUUUCAUUGUUACCCAACGCUUAGGUUUACCUCCACUUUACUCAUAUCCUUCCAUAUCGUUGUCUGUACAUAAUGCCCUGAAUCUUUUCUACAACGCCCGGAAAUCUGCCCCCUUUAUUCUAUGUACCCAACGCACAUCAUUUGCUGACUUCUGUAAUCGCAAAAGCCUUGGUUUCCUGCAUGUAAAUAUCAGAAGUCUACUUCCUAAGUUUGAGUUAUUCACUGCGUUAGCACACUCCGCCAACCCUGAUGUUCUAGCAGUGUCUGAAUCCUGGCUUAGGAAGGCCACCAAAAAUUCUGAAAUUUCCAUCCCCAACUAUAACAUUUUCCGUCUAGAUAGAACUGCCAAAGGGGGUGGAGUUGCAAUCUACUGUAGAGAUCUACUGUAGAGAUACUGCAGAGCUCUAUCAUACUAUCCAGGUCUGUGCCCAAACAGUUUGAGCUUCUACUUCUAAAAAUCCACCUUUCCAGAAAUAAGUCUCUCACUGUUGCUGCUUGCUACAGACCCCCCUCAGCCCCCAGCUGUGCCCUGGACACCAUAUGUGAAUUGAUUGCCCCCCAUUUAUCCUCAGAGUUCGUACUGCUUGGUAACCUAAAUUGGGAUAUGCUUAAUACCCCGGCCAUCCUACAAUCCAAACUAGAUGCCCUCAAUCUCACGCAAAUUAUCAACGAACCAACCAGGUACAACCCUAAAUCCGUAAACAUGGGUACCCUCAUAGAUAUCAUCCUGACUAACUUACCCUCUAAAUACACCUCUGCUGUCUUCAACCAGGAUCUCAGCGAUCACUGCCUUAUUGCCUGCGUCCGUAACGGGUCCGCGGUCAAACGACCACCCCUCAUCAUUGUCAAACGCUCCCUAAAACACUUUAGCGAGCAGGCCUUCCUAAUUGACCUGGCCCAGGUAUCCUGGAUGGAUAUAGAUCUCAUUCCGUCAGUAGAGGAUGCCUGGUUGUUCUUUAAAAGUAAUUUACUCUCAAUCUUAAAUAAACAUGCCCCAUUCAAAAAAAUACAGAACUAAGAACAGAUAUAGCCCCUGGUUCUCCUCAGACUUGACUGCCCUUGACCAGCACAAAAACAUCCUGUGGCGUACUGCAUUAGCAUCUAAUAGCCCCCGCGAUAUGCACAUUUUCAGGGAAGUUAGGAACCAAUAUACACAAGCAGUCAGGAAAGCAAAGGCUAACUUUUUCAAACAGAAAUUUGCAUCCUGUAGCACUAACUCCAAAAAGUUUUGGGACACUGUAAAGUCCAUGGAGAAUAAGAGCACUUCCUCCCAGCUGCCCACUGCACUGAGGCUAGGAAACACUAUCACCACCGAUAAAUCUACAAUAAUUGAGAAUUUCAACAAGCAUUUUGCUACGGCUGGCCAUGCUUUCCACCUGGCUACCACUACCCCGGCCACCAACUCUGCACCCUCCGCUGCAACUUGCCCAUGCCCCCCCCCCCCGCUUCUCCUUCACACAAAUUCAGACAGCUGAUGUUCUGAAAGAGCUGCAAAAUCUGGACCCCUACAAAUCAGCAGGGCUAGACAAUCUGGACCCUUUCUUUCUAAAACUAGCCGCCGAAAUUGUCGCAACCCCUAUUACUAGUCUGUUCAACCUCUCUUUCGUAACGUCUGAGAUCCCCAGAGAUUGGAAAGCUGCUGCGGUCAUCCCCCUCUUCAAAGGGGGUGACACUCUAGAUCCAAACUGUUACAGACCUAUAUCCAUCCUGCCCUGCCUUUCGAAAGUAUUUGAAAGCCAAGUUAACAAACAGAUCACCGACCAUUUCGAAUCCCACCGUACCUUCUCCGCUAUGCAAUCCGGUUUCCGAGCUGGUCAUGGGUGCACUUCAGCCACGCUCAAGGUCCUAAACGAUAUUAUAACCGCGAUCGAUAAUAGACAGUACUGUGAAGCCGUCUUCAUCGACCUGGCCAAGGCUUUCGACUCUGUCAACCACCGCAUUCUUAUUGGCAGACUAAAUAGCCUUGGUUUCUCAAAUGACUGCCUCGCCUGGUUCACCAACUACUUCUCAGAUAGAGUUCAGUGUGUCAAAUCCGAGGGCCUGUUGUCUGGACCUAUGGCAGUCUCUAUGGGGGUGCCACAGGGUUCAAUUCUUGGGCCGACUCUUUUCUCUGUGUAUAUCAAUGAUGUCGCUCUUGCUGCUGGUGACUCUCAGAUCCACCUCUACGCAGACGACACCAUUUUGUAUACAUCUGGCCCUUCAUUGGACACUGUGUUAACAAACCUCCAAACGAGCUUCAAUGCCAUACAACACUCCUUCAGUAGCCUCCAACUGCUCUUAAACACUAGUAAAACUAAAUGCAUGCUUUUCAAUCGAACGCUGCUGGCACCCGCCCACCCGACUAGAAUCACCACUCUCGACGGGUCUGACCUAGAGUAUGUGGACAACUACAAAUACCUAGGUGUCUGGUUAGACUGUAAACUCUCCUUCCAGACUCACAUUAAGAAUCUCCAAUCCAAAGUUAAAUCUAGAAUCGGCUUCCUAUUUCGCAAACAAAGCCUCCUUCACUCAUGCUGCCAAACAUGCCCUCGUAAAACUGACUAUCCUACCGAUCCUUGACUUCGGCGAUGUCAUUUACAAAAUAGCCUCCAACACUCUACUCAGCAAAUUGGAUAUAGUCUAUCACAGUGCCAUCCGUUUAGUCUCCAAAGCCCCAUACACUACCCACCACUGUGACCUGUACGCUCUUGUUGGCUGGUCCUCACUACAUGUUCGUCGUCAAACCCACUGGCUCCAGGCCAUCUAUAAAUCACUGCUAGGCAAAUCCCCGCCUUAUCUUAGCUCAUUGGUCACCAUAGCAGCACCCACCCGUAGUCUGCGCUCCAGCAGGUAUAUCUCACUGGUCAUUCCCAAAGCCAACACCUCCUUUGGCCGCCAUUCCUUCCAGUUCUCUGCUGCCAAUGACUGGAACGAAUUGCAAAAAUCUCUGAAGCUGGAGACUCUUAUCUCCCUCACUAACUUUAAGCAUCAGUUGUCAGAGCACCUUACCGAUCACUGCACCUGUACACAGCCCAUCUGAAAUUAGCCCACCCAACUACCUCAUCCCUAUAUUGUUAUUUAUUUUGCUCUUUUGCACCCCAGUAUCUCUAUUUGCACAUAAUCUCUUGCACAUCUAGCAUUCCAGUGUUAAUACUAAUUGUAAUUAUUUUGCACUAUAGCCUAUUUAUUGCCUUACCUCCAUAACUUGCUACAUUUGCACACACUGUAUAUAUAUUUUCUGUUGUAUUUUUUGACUUUAUGUUUUUUACCCCAUAUGUAACUCUGUGUUGUUGUUUUUAUCGCACUGCUAUGCUUUAUCUUGGCCAGGUCGCAGUUGUAAAUGAGAACUUGUUCUCAACUGGCUUACCUGGUUAAAUAAAGGUUAAAUAUAAAAAUUAAAAUAAAAUAAAAAGUCAUGUACCAUAGUAUCAUUAUCAACUUACUACUGUCACCAUGAUAAUGUAAUUAAUAGUCACUGAUGGUAUCAUUAUGCGUUGAACCAUAUGGUGAAAUGCAUACAUAGAGUAUCCACCAGGUGGAGCCACAGACAGGGUAAGUCAGAACAUGGUCAGGACCAUUCGUCAUACAUGACAAUGUUCCUAUGGGCCCUGGUCAAAAGUAGUGCACUAUAUAUGGAAUAGGGUGCUAUUUGGGACGUAGUCUAUAAGUCGUUUGCCAGACCGAGCAUGCAUGUCUUAAUGAAUGUGUUCCUUGUGUGUCCCUCCCAUGCAGGUGCUGCAGUUUCCCCCGGCGCUGUACCACUAUAUCACUGGGGAGCUGCAGAAGCAGGUGGUGGUGGUGCUGAACAAAGCUGACCUGUGUCCCCCUCCCCUGGUGCUGGCCUGGACACACUACCUCCAGACACAGUUCCCCCACCUCCACUGUGUCUGCUUCACAUCACACCCCGGCCAGCCAUACAGCACAGGUGAGUGGGAGGGAGGGUGUUUGUGCUGGAGCGAAAGUGACACACAAGGCGAGAGACAAUGAUGAGAGCUGAUUGGUGCUGUUGAACUGCGUACUUGAUCACCAGAAUAACCUAUUGCACUGUCUGUAUCUGUCUCUAGUGCUUCAGAAGAAGAGGAUGAGAAAAAAGGGUACAUGUGGGUGGGGACAUGCUGGAGGCCCCACUCACAUCCUGAAGGCGUGUCAGGAAAUCACAGCAGGAAAAGGUGAGAGGGACACACCCACCUGGGUGGCUUAGUACCUAUUUCACACAUGUAUUGCUAACCAUGCAAGUCUGUAAUGACUUAAUGCUUUGGCCAGGCACUUUCCAUAGCAUAGCUAAUUACUGUUGAAUGAAGGAUUGGUGUCUUCAUACAAAGAUCUGUGGGUGCAGGGUUGUAAGGGUAUAUCAUAGAAGAAUCUACACUGAACAGAAAUAGUCUUAAAAUAGGCUAAAGACAAGUAAGGCUGCGUCCCGAUUCUCCACUUUUUCCCAGAAGUUUGCAGAAGCAUUGGCUGUAGGGAGUGUUCACCAUCGUUACUCCCCCCCCCCUUGUAGUGGACCUGUCCAGCUGGGAGAAGAAGAUCCAGAGAGAUGCGGUUGCUAUGGGACCAGAGGGGGAGCAGUCAGAGGAGGUGGCGGACUCUGUGCUAGUGGAGCACCAGAGUGAUGUUGCCAUGGAGAUGAGCAGCCCCUCCCAAGAGCUGUAUAAAGAUGGCGUGCUCACGCUGGGCUGUAUAGGUGAGCGGCCAUGUUGGAAGCUUGCUUUCCUACCUCCCAAUCAGUAAUCUGUCAUCACUGAUUAGUAACUUAAUUUAUCAAGUAAUGCUUGUGUACCUCAAGGCUUUGUUCCCCCACCAACCCCCUCUGGCAUUCAGAAACUUCUACUACAAACAGAAUAUUAAUAUAUCUGCACUGUCUCUCUCUCCCUCCCUCCCUAGGCUUCCCUAACGUGGGGAAAUCAUCAGUAUUGAACAGUCUGGUAGGUAGGAAGGUGGUGAGUGUGUCUCGAACCCCCGGCCACACCAAAUACUUCCAGACCUACUACCUCACACCCACUGUCAAACUGUGUGAUUGCCCUGGACUGGUCUUCCCUUCACUAGUCAACAAACAACUACAGGUAACUGAGAGGGAGUGUGUGUGGGUAGGUUGUAAGUGUGUAUGUAUGUAUGUGUCCGCACUAUGACCUCCCAUUCCCUUAGAAUCCCAGGUCUAAUCACUGUGGAGGAAAUGUCUUGGGGAAUAGAAGAAUAACUGAAAUUCCCUCUGGCCAUUUGAAGGCUGUCUUUGGAGUAGAAUCAGAAUCCGUACCACUUUUAAGUCUCAACUACUGGGGAGAGCUUUGUGUAUAAAAUCAAUCAUUACCCAUCAACCCUUUUCAAACCCUUUUUCUUGAUUUGUCCUCCCUCUCCUAUCUUUCUCAUGCUCUUACUCUUUAUAAACACUUUUCCUCCAUUCUUUUGUAUCUACGCCUCUUCCUCCAUCUCUCUCCCUCCUAUUCUAUGUCUCUUCUGUCCCUUUCUCCCUAGAUCCUAGCUGGUAUCUACCCAGUGUCUCAGCUGCAGGAGCCCUACAGUUCUGUGGGUUAUCUGUGUGAGCGGACCCCCUUUCUGUCGGUGCUCAAGCUCCGGCACCCCAGCGUGGAGGGCCCACAGCAUGCACCCAAAGGGGGGGAGAAGGAGAGGGAGCAGGGGCCCGAGCACAGCUGGACAGCCUGGGACGUGUGUGAGGGUAAGGACCACCUCAAGUCUGGCUCUAGAAACUCUGGUCUGGUUCUAAACUGUUGAAACACACCCGCUUGUCUGGAUGUCAGGGAGACCUUUGGGAAAUUUUCAGGAACAAUAAUAAUUUAUCGAUUUUUGUUUUCCCUUCAUACCUCUCGUUCUCUCUCUUUCUCCCUGUCUGUCUCACAGCCUGGGCAGAGAGGAGGGGUUAUAAGACAGCGAAGGCAGCUCGUAACGACGUGUAUCGGGCAGCUAACAGUCUACUGCGGCUGGCCGUCGACGGUAGGCUGUGUCUGUGCCUCAGACCACCUGCAUACAACGAUCAGAGAGGUCAGUACACAGGUCAUACAAUGAUCAGAGAGGUCAUAGACAGGUCACACAACGAUCAGAGAGGUCAUAGACCGGUCAAGACAACCAGUCAGGCAUAUCACUUCAUCACUACUGUACAGACAACCAGAGACUCAUAUUUAAAAGGGAAGACACACCGACACAAAUGUCGGCCGUGCACAGCGGGCGCGCAGGGGAAGGUCAAAUCCCAGCAGGUGAUCUACUGCGCACGGCUGACGUUCAUGUUGAUCUGGCUUCCGUCCUUUAAACUGAUGACUGGGGCUUUGUACAAACAAAAAUAUGAAGAAAAGUGUUUGAUAUAUUGAUUAAUGAAUCAAUCAAUGGAUUUGUGGUAUACAGAGCAGUGGGAGUCCCACCCAGACCUGGCAGAGAUCAUCGCUCUACAGGGACGGAGGGAAGAGGAGGGGGCAGGAGAGAGGGAUGAGGAGGAGGAGGAAGGGGAGUCCAGCUCUGAGCCGGAGGAGGAGAGGGAUAGGGACGCUGAUGAUGAUGAUGAGGAUGGUGAUGAUGAAGGGAUUGGACACCCGGCAGUGAAGGAGAGGAAGGGGCCAACCAGCCUCACAGUCAACAUGUUCGAUGUCCUCCGGGAAAACGAGUGCGAGUGA